AUGGCCCCCAGGGGCUGUGCGGGGCCUCCGCCGCCUCCGCCUCCGCCUCCGCCUCCGCCUCCGCAAGCCUGGUUCUGGCCGGGAAGGAUGCUAGCCAUGGGGGCGCUGGCAGCCUUCUGGGUCCUCAGCCUCCUCACCUACGGUUACCUGUCCUGGGGCCAGGGCUUGGAGGAGGAGGAGGAAGGGACCUUGCGAGCUCAAGCUGGAGAGAGACCAGAGCCCAGCACGACGGCCACCUCCCAACCCCAUCUCAUUUUCAUCCUAGCGGAUGAUCAGGGAUUUAGAGAUGUGGGUUACCACGGCUCGGAGAUCAAGACUCCCACUCUUGACAAGCUCGCUGCCGAAGGAGUUAAACUGGAGAACUACUAUGUCCAGCCUAUUUGCACACCGUCCAGGAGUCAGUUUAUUACUGGAAAGUAUCAGAUACACACCGGACUUCAACAUUCUAUCAUAAGACCUACCCAACCCAACUGCUUACCUCUGGACAAUGCAACCCUACCUCAGAAGCUGAAGGAGGUUGGCUAUUCAACACAUAUGGUUGGAAAAUGGCACUUGGGUUUUUAUAGAAAAGAAUGUAUGCCCACCAAGAGAGGAUUUGAUACCUUUUUUGGUUCCCUCUUGGGAAGUGGUGAUUACUAUACGCACUACAAAUGUGACAGUCCUGGGAUGUGUGGCUAUGACUUGUAUGAAAAUGACAACGCUGCCUGGGACUAUGACAAUGGCAUCUACUCCACACAGAUGUACACUCAAAGAGUUCAGCAAAUCUUAGCUUCUCAUGACCCCAGAAAGCCUAUAUUUCUAUAUAUUGCCUACCAAGCUGUUCACUCACCACUGCAAGCCCCCGGCAGGUAUUUUGAACACUACAGAUCCAUUAUCAACAUAAAUAGGCGGAGGUAUGCUGCCAUGCUCUCCUGCUUAGAUGAAGCAAUCAACAAUGUGACCCUGGCCCUGAAGACUUAUGGUUUCUAUAACAACAGCAUUAUCAUAUACUCUUCAGAUAAUGGCGGCCAGCCCACAGCAGGAGGAAGUAACUGGCCUCUCAGAGGUAGCAAAGGAACAUACUGGGAAGGGGGCAUUCGGGCUAUCGGCUUUGUGCAUAGUCCACUUCUGAAAAACAAGGGAACUGUGUGUAAGGAGCUUGUGCACAUCACCGACUGGUACCCCACUCUGAUUUCACUGGCUGAAGGACAGAUUGAUGAGAACAUUCAGCUGGAUGGCUACGAUGUCUGGGAAACCAUAAGUGAGGGCCUUCGUUCGCCCCGGGUGGAUAUUUUGCACAACAUUGACCCCAUUUAUACCAAGGCAAAAAAUGGCUCCUGGGCAGCAGGCUACGGGAUUUGGAACACCGCCAUCCAGUCAGCCAUCAGGGUGCAGCACUGGAAACUGCUUACAGGAAACCCUGGCUACAGUGACUGGGUUCCCCCUCAGUCUUUCAGCAACCUGGGGCCCAACCGAUGGCACAACGAACGAAUCACCUUGUCGACCAGCAAAAGCCUAUGGCUGUUCAACAUCACAGCCGACCCAUAUGAGAGAGUGGACCUGUCUCACAGGUAUCCUGGAAUCGUGAAGCAGCUGCUACGGAGGCUCUCGCAGUUCAACAAAACCGCAGUGCCUGUCAGGUACCCCCCCAAAGACCCCAGGAGUAACCCUCGGCUCAAUGGGGGAGUCUGGGGACCAUGGUAUAAAGAGGAAUACAAGAAAAAGAAGCCAAGCAAAAAUAAGGCUGAGAAAAAGCAGAAGAAAAGUAAGACCAAGAAGAAACAGCAGAAAGCAGGUUCAUUUUCAAAUUGCCGUUCCGAUGUUUGCCAUCACCGUGGAUAAGUACAUGUUUUUUCCUGGCUGGUUAAACUUAAGCCAGUCUUAGUCUUUUAGCUGUUUCCUGGGUAAACCAGCAAAUCUGGCUCGAUAAUACCACGGCCAUAAGCACCAGACUUACUUUCGUGUGUUGGCUACGGGGAAAACAGGGCUAUUCGGUGCCAAAGGUGCUACCCUUG